AGUGAAUUGCCGUUCUAUUGAUGGCAUGCAAGGAAUUUCAUCAGAGGAGACCAUCUGUGAGGUCAACAAACCUCUAUUCUCAGGAAACGCUUCUGCUGUGCUUGACAUUAUUUACAGUAUUAAUAAAGAAAGUCAUUUUGACCAAAAGGUGACAUUCAGUGCAUCUGUUGCCAGUGGCAAUGCGAAUCACUCUGAAAACAGUGAACUGUUAAAAAUGAGAAACAUCAGUGUAAAACAUGCUAUAUAUGUUACCUUGUUGAGACAUACAGAUUCCAGCAUUUACAUCAAUUUCACCAGUGGGAAGAGUAAUCUUGAAAAACCAGUGAAACAGAUAUUGGAGGUGAAAAAUGAGUUUAGAGAGCUAAACUUAACAAUUUUCAUUAGAGUACCUGUAAAACUGGGAGCCAAAAACAUCUGGAAUAAUAAAAACGUACAGAUUCCAGAUUGCUUCAGGGACAGAGACGAGCAGCCCCCCUCCACCAAUUUUCUGAAAGUGCUCAAAAAGAAAAAUGUCUUGAAUUGCUCUGUGGCGGUGUGUGCAGUCUUCAGGUGUGACGUGAAUCUGUUGAGAAAUGAAAGGAAGUUCUAUAAUAUCUCCAGCAAUGUGAGCUCUGGAUGGAUUGAGCAGAUUGGGAUUAGGUCUGCAUCUUUUCAGUUGGUCAGUACAGCAUCUCUGGAUUAUGAUGAGGACAAAUAUAUUUACUUCUCCGAUUCACUCAACUCUGUGCCAGUUUGCGAGGUGAACACUCAGGUGGAGGUCUAUGAGGAACCCAGCAUCUUAAAGGAGGUUAUUGGAGGAGUUAUUGGAGGACUGCUGAUAGUCUCACUCAUCACAGCCGCCCUCUAUAAGUCAGGCUUUUUCAAAAGAAAGGCCAAGCAGCAGAAGUAUCCAGCACAAGAAGCCGAUGAAGUGAAAAAUCUAAAUGAAAAUUAAAGCAGGAUUGAUUUAUUACAUUUAUAAUUUUUUUUCUUUCAUCAAAAUUAACAGAUGUUCAUAAAACAAGUCUCUCCUUUGAAGCUGCACUACAAAAUAUGUUUUGGUUAUAAAAAGGAACAAAAAACUAUAGUCCACCAAACAUUACACACAGAAAAAUAGCCAGAUAUAUCAUGGCCACUUUUCAGUCAUGGCCACCUUGUACUAAUUUGUUUCCUCGUUUUGAGUAAAUGAUUUUGAUUAAAUCCAAUUAGUGCAAGGUUGCUACCAUUUAUUAAAACCAGGGAACAAAUUAAUACGUUGUGGGAAUGCAUUCUUAAUUUGUA